CUUUGUCUCUUGGAAAAAUCAACGACGCUGAAAGAUACGGUGACCGGGUUUGGUGAGCGGGACAAUUGAAACCGAGGAGAAGCAGAGGUUCUUACAGAGAGAAUGGUCAAACGUUACUAACGGGAACCAGUCAAUGGUCGAUAAACCUCUCUCUUUCUUCUCUUUCUCUCCAAAAUUCUGUGUCUUUGAGUUUCUGUCUCUGCAUGUGGGUCUUUCAAAGGUUCUGAAUUCCUGGUGGGUUUUUUUUAAUCACCAAAUAAUUUGCUUAAAGGGUUGUGCUUUUUGAAUUCUUCUGGGUCUUCAUUUUACGAGUUUGCUGGAGAGUUAAAUGGCGCUAUUUUGACAUAGCAAACUAUGUUUUGAUCCAUGUUGUGGUCAUAUUUUGACUGAUAAAAGAUGAGAAACAUACAGAUAUUUAUCUUCUCUCUUCCCCUCCCUAAAUUAAGAACAAUCUCCUUUCCUCCCAUUUCAUUUCAUAGUUCCUUCUAGCUGGGGAACAAACUUCCCUGACUCCCUUUUGAUGUUGAUAUAGAAGUUAGAACAAAGUUCUGUAGAUGAAAAUUUUCUAGGGGUUUGAGUAUAAAAUGCUUAGGCUUCUUGCUUAUUGUUCAUCUUUGGCUCUUCCCAAAUCAAACAAAGUCAUCAUUCUCUUUCCCUGCCUACUAAUGGGUUGCCCACAAUCUGCAGCUAGCAUAGCUCAAGCAGCCGAAGGUCAAGAAUGCUUUGUAAUUACUUGACCUCGGGGGCAAACAAUCAUCAUUCUAGUUGAGAUUGUUGACUUUAGAUGUGAAUUUUGAAAAGAAAUGGUAAUGCAGCUAUAGGCCAAGGUCAAGUAUUGAAUUUGUCAUCUUCUGCCACAAAUUCAUCAUUUAAUCAUGUGUUUUGGAGUAAUAUCUUAUAUUUUUCCUUGGUUAGAAUAUAACAAACUCUUUCUACCUUGGCAGCAACGUUCACAUGUACCAGCUUUUGGCAACUGGGAAAGUGAUGAAAAUGUUCCUUAUACAGUUUAUUUUGAUAAGGCCAGGAAGGGUCGAAAUGCUGGGAAGAUAACAAAUCCAAAUGAUCCCCAAGAGAAUCCAGAAUUACUUUCUGAUUUAGCAGUUAGAGCUUCUCCAUCCAGAGCAAAAGCAGAUCUUGAAGAAGAAGAAGUUGUACAGGCACCAGUCAGAAGGGGACAUGAUCACCACAGGAGCAGGGAAGAUGGUGAGCUUAAACAGUUUGCCAACUCUCCAGCACGUAAUGACAAUAUGCACCGCAGAACUUCUGGUGACCACCCACCUUCACGUUAUGGACGUGGAGUAAGUUCUGGGGAAGCCACCAAACGAAGACAGAGUACCGGAUCUGAGUACAGUAUUGAGCGUUCGCCACUUCAUCCUCAAGCAAGGGUUGCAGGGAGAGGUAGCAUGGCAUCACCAACAUGGGAAGGAAAGGCUUCACAUGAUAGCAGCCAUGGUACUCCUGGAAGAUCAAGAAUGAAACCUCGAGGGGAUGACAGUCCUGAUAAAGGUGCUGCUGUUCCAAAAUUUGGCGAUUGGAAUGAGAAUGACCCCACAUCAGCUGACGGCUAUACUCACAUUUUCAACAAAGUGAGGGAAGAGAGGAACAAUGGAGGAAGAGUACCGGGCAUGCCAUCUGAGCAAUCCCCAUACCCUGCUGUUCGGAAGCCUUCCAACAACAAGAGUGCUAAGGGUUGCUGCUUUGGAUGGUUCUGAAUAUGUGAAUGGAUUGUACGGAGUUUGGAAUUCUGUAAAUACAUUAAAGUUCCCAAAGUAGAAUAACUAGUCGGAAGUGCAGUAUUUGUAUUUACUUGUGUGCUUUUUAUUUUUCUUGGGGAAAUUUCUGUUUACUUAUCUGUGGUUUUAAGCACAUCACCUCUUAAGGUUUCAAAAUGCGCACAUAAAGACUUGAGGUUCCCAUCACAUACAGCAGGCAGCUUGUUUCAUUAGAAGGCUAACAGGAAAUGCAACUGAGAGUGUCAUUUUUCACUCUGUUAUUCUUUUAACGGCACAAGGCAUCUUGUGCAUGCUAUGGAAACCUCAAGCUUUUUGUGUACAUUUUGAAAUCUCAGGGGAUUAUGUGCACCCCCAAAAAUCACAUGGUAAUAAAGUGCAAUUUUCUCUUCUUUUCUUUUUCCCCUUCUUUUUGUGAUGAUAAGCAUUUUGAUGGAAAAACAAUGUCAUUUUUUUGGCACCUUUGCUGUAAUGCAACACUUCACUUUCUAUUCUAAUAUAUUGUGGUCUUUUCU